AGAAAUAAUUUUUUUUUGUGUGAGAUGAAAGAAAACUUUUAACUCUGCGUGCAGAAAAUUUUAAACAUAUUUUUAUCAAAAUAACACAAAUAACUUAAAAAAGUCUUUUUUAUUAGACAAUAAAUUAAAUACUACACUUAUAAGAAAUACAUAUAAAUAAAAACGAAAUUUGUAAAUCUUCCCACCUUAUAAAAAUUUUUUAAACAAAAAAAAAAAAUUUUACUAUAAGCUACAAGUGCCCAAAGAACGACGACGACGAUACGAUUUAAAACAGAUUGCUUAUAAUAAAAUAAAACAAGAUGGUAAAACUAUAUUCAAUAAGUGUUUUUUACAAAGGACCCACUGAGGGUCGUCUCUUAAAGGCCGCCUACGAUUUGCAAUCAUUUUCAUUCUUCCAAAGAGGCGCUGUACAAGAAUUUAUGGGAUUUGCAUCUAAAACGAUUGUCGAAAGAACUCAACCAGCCACUCGACAAUCGGUCAAACAAGAUGCUUACAUGUGUCAUGUUUAUGUUCGAGCUGAUAACCUGGGUGGUGUCUUAAUUGCCGAUCAUGAAUAUCCACAACGAGUGGCGCAUACCCUAAUUACUAAGGUUCUCGAUGAAUUCGCUGCACGCAUUCCGGCCGAACAAUAUCAAUCUGGUGGCGAACCAGAUGCCCACUUUGAUUUCCCAACACUGCCUCAAUAUUUGGCAAAAUAUCAAGAUCCCAAAGAAGCCGAUGCAAUGACUAAAAUGCAAAAUGAUCUCGAUGAAACCAAAAUCAUUCUUAAAAAUACAAUUGAAGCUGUGCUGGAGAGGGGGGAAAAGCUAGAUGACAUGGUUAUUAAAUCGGAGAAUCUCUCAUACCAAAGCAAAGCAUUUUAUAAGACGGCCAAGAAGACGAAUGCAUGUUGUAGUUUUAGCUAAGCAGAAAAAUACUUUUCACAAAGAUUUAAUAUGCAGCAAUAUACUCAUUCUUCUCAUUGUCUUCAUAAGAGUCAUAUUUUUUGUUUUGCUUUUUUAAAAUGAUAUAUAAUAAAAUAUUGUUGGAUCCAUAUGCAUUCCCUAGGGGCUUCACGGGCUUCACAAUUAACUGCUUUGACGUUGAGCCUGGGUCUUAUAAUUACAAAAAAAAUAUAUAUAUAUUCAUCGCUUUAAAAAAAAUAAUCAAAUUAUUUGUGUACAUGUUCUUACACGACAACAACACAAUAGUUGCUUUUUAGUAAAGUAAGUUUAUGUUAAAACUUGAAACACCUUUUUAUAUAUUAUUUAGUUCUUUGAAUUCUGCAAGGUAUGACAAUGUCGGAUUAUCACCCUAGGAACUAGGAGCUCUGAAUGAUGCUUAGAGCACUCAGUCUAUGGACAUUAUGAUUCUUGAUUCAAUGGUUUCUAUUCUUUUAGGACCAUAAAGCAGUCAGUAAAUUUACAAGGAUAUUAGCUGCGUUCCUUUGAAAAAUAUUUAUCUGCUGCUUAGUACUUCAAGCUGCUUUGAACUACUUUUCCAAUAGAGCAAAAGUAGUUUAAAGUAAUUUUUAGUACUAAGCAGUAGAUAAAUGUUCCCAAAUGAACGCAGCUAUUUUCAAAUGAUGUGUAAAGUAUUUUGUUUAAGGGGUAUCGACAUUUUCUCCUAGAACUUCUGAGCAGUUAAGAUUUGCGAACUGCCAUUGCCAUACCUUGUAUUAUAAAUUCUACAAAGCAAAGAUCACUUUAAAAGACAUUACAUCUACACAACACGUCACAUACAAAAAAUUGUAAAUUUGUUGAAUAUACAAAAUAAAUUUCAUUUUUGGUUAACCGAAUUUAAGUCAGUUAGUCACUAAGUUUUUCUUUCUUUUAUAUAAUACCUACAACAUAUUUUAUAGAUGUUAAAAUUAUUAAACAAAAGAUAUUCAACCCUUUCACGAAUUCAAUCACAAUUCAAACUAAGUUACGAUCCUAAAAAUAUUUAUAAGUAUAUUUAUAAUACAAAAUCUUAUUUGAAUUUGCAUUACGAAUAGAUUAUAUAACGGUUUUACAGGAUUAGAACUUAAUUAUAGCCCCGUUUUUUCUACAACUCAGUAACUAAUUUUUGUUUAUUUUAUUUGCAAACAAAAUAAAUACCUAAUUUACUUGUGUAAUUUGUUUGUGUUUUGCAUUAAAAAUAAAAAUGAGUAGGUAGCUACUGAGUUUUAGAAAAAACCAAGGUUUUUGUAAUUCCGAUAGGAUUCGUGACAAAUGCUGAAUAUUUGAUAUAAAAAAAAGGUGUAAUUGAAAAGUGAAAGACUUAAAAUUUAUAUAACCUAACAUAAAAUUAUAUUAGUCUAAAUUUAAAUAAUAAUAAAUAUAAAUGUAUUGGUGUGUUUAUGUAAAGUAAGAAAGACCUUUUAAAAGAAAGUUAAAAUUUGAUGGGUAGCAUAAAUAAAAUUAUAAAAAAAAAACAAAUAUUUGAAUUUGGCAAUGCAAUAAAUAAUAAACUUACUACUACCUAUUACGUGUUGGAAGAAAA